AUGUUUUGUAGGUUAAAUAAUUGUGGCUUAACAAACAAAAGCUGUUCAGCUGUGGCUACAGUUCUUGGAUCUGAUACCAAACUGAAAGAGCUGAACCUGAGCAAUAAUAAUCUGCAGGAUUCAGGAGUGAAGCUGCUUUGCACUGAACUUUUGAAUAUAAAGUGUAAAUUGGAGAUACUGAGUCUGCGUAAGUGUGGUCUAACAGAGGAAAGCUGUUCAGCUCUCGCUACAGUCCUGAGAUCAAACCCCAGUCUGAAAGAGCUUGACAUGAGCAACAAUAAUCUGCAGGAUUCAGGAGUGAAGAAACUCCAGAACGGAUUAGAAAAUACGAACUGCACACUGCAGAAACUCAGACUUUCAAACUGCAGUAUCACUGAAGAAGGUUAUAAAGCUCUGGCUUCAGCUCUGAGAUCAAACCUUUCACACCUGAUAGAGCUGGAUCUCACAGGAAAUGAUCCUGGACAAUCAGGAGUGAAGGAGCUCAGUGAUUUACUACAGGAUCCAAACUGUCAGCUGAAGACACUGAGGUUUGUGGGUCCUGCUGCAGAUGAUGUCUGUCAGUAUGUGACUGGAAUUGUGGGUGAAAACCCGUUACUCCUGAGAGAGCUGAAUCUGAGUGAAUGUGAACUAGGAGACACACGAGUGAAUCAGAUCACUGCUCUACUGCAGGAUAAACACUGUAAACUCAACACACUGAUUCUGCGUAAGUGUGGUCUAACAGAGGAAAGCUGUUCAGCUCUCGCUACAGUCCUGAGAUCAAACUCCAGUCUGAAAGAACUUGACAUGAGCAGCAAUAAUCUGCAGGAUUCAGGAGUGAAGAAACUCCAGAACGGAUUAGAAAAUACGAACUGCACACUGGAGAAACUCAGGUUUGACCGACCCAGCCGUGAUGAGCCGGUGCAGGUGUUUCGCCUUUGUCUCCAGGGCAACGCUGAUGAGAGACCGGGACGCUCGUCACACGUUUUCAUGUCAUAA